GCACGCAUGGAGCGGCACACACGCUGCGUACUCUCUCCCUGUCUGGGCAGCCGCACGAUGUCCGCGCCGCUGCAGCUGCUGCUUCUGGGGGCCGCCUGCUUGGCUGUCGCGGCCGCAGCCAUCGUAGCUUCACCUGACUACUCUGAUGGGCCGAAGUUCGCGGAGGCCAUCACGAAUGCGACGGUGCCAGUGGGGCGAGAGGGCAUAAUGGCGUGCGUGGUGCAGGAUCUGGGAGCCUACAAGGUGGCGUGGCUGCGAGUCGACACGCAGACGAUCCUGACGAUCGCAGCGCACGUGAUCACCAAGAACCACCGCAUCGGCGUGACGCACAGCGACCGCCGCACCUGGUUCCUGCACAUCCGCGACGUGCGAGAGUCCGACCGCGGCUGGUACAUGUGCCAGAUCAACACGGACCCCAUGAAGAGCCAGCUCGGCUACAUGCAGGUCGUCGUGCCGCCCGACAUCCUGGACCAGCCGACCAGCUCGGACCUCGUGGCACGCGAGGGCGACAACGUGACGCUGCGCUGCGCCGCCUCCGGCGUCCCGGCGCCUACUAUCACGUGGCGGCGCGAGGGCGGGCAGCCCAUACCCAUGCCCGGCGGCCGCGACGCGCCUAGCGUGGAAGGCGCCGUGUUCCGCAUCGCGCGCGUCUCGCGGCUGCACAUGGGUCCCUACCUGUGCAUCGCGUCCAACGGCGUGCCGCCCAGCGUCAGCAAGCGCAUCUCGCUCGUCGUCCACUUUCCGCCGAUGGUGUGGACCAAGAACCAGCUGGUGGGCGCCUACGAGGGCCGCCAGGUUACCAUCGACUGCUACUCCGAAGCCUUCCCCAAGUCCAUCAACUACUGGACCCGGGACCAGGGCGAGAUACUCGCUCAUGGAAGCAAGUACGAACCCAUGCUGGAAGAAGACGCAUACCGGGUGCACAUGAGGCUGACGAUACGCGUCAUGAGCAUGGCGGACUUUGGCCACUACAAGUGCGUCUCCAAGAACUCCCUCGGCGACGCCGAGGGCACAGUCAGGAUUUACAGACAGGAGCCGCCACCGGACAGUGAGGGUGCAGGCAACGGUCGCAGGGCUGGUGAGCAGCGGGCAGCCGAGCGAAGGGACUCGAGCAACGACGGCGCGGCACCAGCGGUGUCCCUGCUUCCGGGCCACGCCGUUCUGCUUCUGCUGCUGAUGGUUUCCUGCUAGGACUGGGAGGUACUCUGCAUCUGGAGGUGGUCGUCAUCAGCUGACUGCAAAAGCGGUUUAACACUACCGCAGGAAGAAGAGCAGCGACAGGAAGAAACCACGUUUACACGCUAAAUACGACUAUGAAGAAGUAGUAUCCAUAACGAUCAAUGAGAAAACUUCAGUUUCCCUAGGUGGACGAAAAUGCUGGAGCGUAGGUGCGACGGAUAGGCAGAGUGUUGACUUGUGGAUAUUGUGACGAAAGUGAAGUGUUACCUGAAGCUUUUUAGAUAACAGGAAUAAAUUUUUAUAUUUAUCAGACACUUCGCUGAAAUCCUCAAUCACAGUUGUGAGUGUUUCUCAGGACUGUCGUUUGCAUCAAUUGCAUAUUUUUUCAGUAUUCGCCCAAGAUUGAAUGAAAUUCUACGUACAUCCAUAAAAGUCUACGGUAAAUGGUUGGCAGGAAGAAAAAAGAAUUGGUGGCGGUGCAGUAUUACAUGGCAUGCAAUAAACUGUAUUUUUAUGUUUUAUGGAUUACGGAAUGUCUUGUAGCAAGUCGUUGACAGAACGGUACGAAAGACACUUUAAGAAAAAAACAGCCGUACACUAAGUACAUCAGAAGUUUUGGCAAAAUCAUAUCUACAGUUAUGUGCAACGAAAGCCUCAGGCGCCUGUAAGUUAUUCUUUUAAGACUUAAUUUGUAAAGCCUUUCAUGUUUAGAGAGAAUAGAAACCACCUCCUCGACAAGCGUAUAGCACUGUACCUUCACCUCAUUACAUUAUGCAGCAUCAAAGGAAGUUGUAGGUAAAACCUUAAGACUCUUAUUAGUAUUUAUGUUGCAACUUCAAAUUCAGGAAAUUAUUAUUAUUAUUAUUAUUAUUAUUAUUAUUAUUUUGCCAAAAUGCUGUAAGGCAAUUAUUUCAUUAUG